AUGAUAGAACAAGGCAAAGUAGUCGCCGUUGACGACACGUAUGAAGGCGAACAAGAGCGCAUAUCGCCCUGGAUAAUGCCAUCAUAUACUCAGCUGGAUCUUGACGAGACGCUGGAAGCUUUCGGGGAAUUGGUCAACGCCAUCAGCUCAAAAAUGCCGUCUCAACCCCCUACAACCGAGCCAGCCCGCGGUCUUCUUGAUCUCGUAACUGGCGGGAACCCGCAAAUGCUCCGCCCGCAUACCUUCGCGCACAAAUUCCUCUGUGACGCCCCAGUCCCGUCGUUUACGCACAUUGCCCCAGGCCUGCGCAUCGCCGCACAGCAACCCUUCGCCUCCGCCUCCGACUUCCCGGGCACGCCCCCACUCCCUGGUUUGGAAGACGAGGACCUGCCCGAGGAAGAUCCCAACAAACUCGCCCCCCUCCUCCUCUUCUCCAGCACCCUCCCCGCACACCAGGAAACCAUCCGUUCCCCCUGGGGCGAGCACAUCCCCGUGUCGUCCUUCACCGGGCGCGCCCCCGAACCCGUCUCUGUCCCUGCUGGCAUGUACCUUACCUGCAGAGAACCGUACGGCGUGCACCCUUUCGAGGACGGGUGUAAACUGCUUCUGCCUUAUACGCUUGGCGCUAAUGGAUUUGCGCGAACUAGCGAUGAGGCGCUAAUCGGCGAGGAUAUAUGGGACGACGGAGAGGAUGUUAGAGGGCAGUUGCAACCAAACAGCACGGAUCUGUAUCAACUAGGGUAUAACUUUUUCGUCGCGAGACACGAUGUACCGCUUAAGCAUGUGCUGUGGAAAUGGGUAGAGAUGGUCAAUGAGGGGAAAUGGGAAGUUAAUAAUGAGGGUGUUGUUGGCGGCAUGGACAAGUGGAAGGAGGCGGAUACUGAAGAGCAUUGGAUGGACUAUCAGCUGCCGCUUACCUGGUGA